AAAUAUUUCAACGCUGUGACACAAGAAAGUGUUUCCGUUCACGCCACUGCUUCGAAAAAAGUUUUGCUUUUUUCCAACGAUGAUAUAUUCGAAACAGACAACGAAGAGUUGAACACCGAAUCAUGUGUGCGAUACAUGACUCCUGCAAAUGUGCUUGGAAUGUUCUCUUGUAGCAUUAGUAGAAGAGUUGCGUGUGUUCCGACUGACCAAGUUGAAAUGUGUGAAAACUCUGCGAAAGUUCCGCUCUCGGAUGAGAUUUUGCAGUUAGAUUCGGCUGACAACAAUGACGACAUCGUGUAUUUCGUGUCUUCGCAAGCUUGUUCGGAUAGACAUGCCGCUCCUUUUGAUCACUCAACUGAGCUUCUGAUUAAUCUGCACAAUUUUCACGAUGAACUUCAACGGGCAGCGACAGCGGCGAAGCCCGAGGGGUCAUUUGAGAGUGGGAUUGUUGUCAAAGUUCAAGAACUGUGCUUGUUUUUGAAAGCCAUGAGUUCUUCAAAAGAGGUUCCGUGCCCAAAUGACGAAUCCUCAGUGAUAAAUUUAUGUCAAACAAACUUCUUCGCAAGCAGUCAAAUUGUUCGUCUGUCGGCUAGCAACACUUUCUGCACUAUCUUCAAGGCUCAUUCUAUACAUCUAGGUGAAAUAAGCGGCCCAAUUCAAAUCGCAAUGAAGGCCAUGAGUUGCAGUGAGACGGUGUUCAAAGUAGCCGACGAACACAAAGUGAUUCAGUUCUCCAGUGAUAACAAUGUCAUGGACUAUACAGUUCUGGACAUCGCAACACUGGAGGAUGAAGGCUGGAUGGAUCAUGCCUUCUGCAAAGUAUGAGUGUACAUGAAAUGAACUACUAAGAAAAGACAGCCCAUCUGUUGCAUGGA